AUGAGCGGUGAGGGUAAGACUGUGUGCGUAACUGGAGCUUCCGGCUACAUUGCUUCUUGGUUGGUCAAAUUCUUGCUUCACAAAGGCUACACUGUCAAGGCUUCCGUUCGUGAUCCCGGUGAUCCGAAGAAGACACAACACUUACUUGAGCUUGAUGGAGCCAAGGAGAGACUUCACUUGUUUAAAGCAAAUUUAAUUGAAGAAGGGUCCUUUGAUUCUUUAGUUGAUGGCUGUGAAUGCGUUUUUCAUACCGCAUCUCCUUUUUACCACAACGUUAAAGAUCCACAGACGGAACUGAUUGAUCCUGCAGUCAAGGGGACACUCAAUGUUCUCCAGUCAUGCGCAAAAGCACCAUCCAUCAAAAGGAUUGUUUUGACGUCUUCUGUAGCUGCAGUUGCGUUCAAUGGCAAGCCUCGAACGCCUGAAGUUGUAGUGGAUGAGACCUGGUGGUCUAACCCUGAGAUUUGCAGAAAUAUGCAGCUAUGGUAUGUUCUUUCAAAGACAUUGGCUGAGGAUGCUGCAUGGAAAUUUGUCAAAGAGAAAGGUAUGGACAUGGUCGUCAUAAACCCAGCAAUGGUGAUUGGUCCAUUAUUGCAGCCAACUCUUAACACAAGUUCUGCUGCAAUUCUGAACUUGAUAAACGGUGCAGAUACAUACCCAAAUACUACAUUUGGUUGGGUGAACGUGAAAGACGUUGCCCUUGCACAUAUUCUUGCAUUUGAGAAUCCUUCAGCUAAUGGAAGGUAUUGUCUGGUGGAAACUGUUGCACACAUGUCGGAAAUUGUGAACAUAUUGCGUGGGCUUUACCCUUCGCUCAAGCUCCCUGACAAGUGUGCAGAUGACAAGCCAUUUGUACCAAAGUACCAGGUGUCGAAAGAAAAGGCGAAAUCUCUGGGGGUUGAGUACACUUCUCUCGAAGAAUCUGUCAAAGAAACUGUUGAAAGCUUGAAAGAGAAGAACUUUUUUAAUACCCCAUAA